UAUGCGUAGUUAUAUUAAUCUGUGGUCGCUUGUCAUUUAUUUCAUAAUCAGUGCUUCGUGAUCAGUGUAUUAACCAAUGAUAUAUUCAACUUCCAAACGUACCUGUUUGUUGUAAAAAUUUAACAACUGUUCAGGUGGUUCUCAUUUCAUGUAAAUUAUUAAAUUCGUGUCAGCUAUCACGCUCUGAUUCUGUUGGAAUGGUUUUGCUUUAGAUAUUGAAAAUGUCGUCUACUACAUCAAGCGUGAAAGAAUCAUUUGAAGACUUUUAUUCAGAGGUUAAAGAAAUUGAAAAGAGGGAUUCAGUUUUAACUCCAAAGCAACAAAUAGAAAGAUUGCUCCGGCCAGGAUCGACAUAUUUCAACUUAAACCCGUUUGAGGUAUUGCAAGUUGAUCCAGAGAAUAGUUUAGAAGAAAUCAAGAAAAAAUAUCGAAGGCUAUCAAUACUUGUUCAUCCGGAUAAAAACAUAGAUGAUUCGGAACGAGCCCAACAGGCGUUUGAAAUUAUAAAUAGAGCCUGGAAAACAUUAGAAAAUGAAGAAACAAGAAAAAAAUGUUUGGAUAUAUAUGAAGAAGCAAAAGAGCGCACGGAUCACAUGAUUGAACAGAAACGUAAAAAGCAGAAGAAAGAUGGCCGAAUAGCUGAAGGCAUACCAGAAGAUGAUCCAGAAAAGUAUAAACAUGCAGUUUAUGUUAUGACUAUGAAGUUGUUUGCUGAUAUGGAACGUAAGCGUCAACAUUUAGAGACUCGUGAUAUGGAAGAAAGAAAACGUAAACGUGAAGCGGAAAUUGAACAGGAGGAACAAAUGUCUUUUGAAAAAGAAUGGGCUAAGAACUUUGAGGAGUCACGUCAAAACCGCGUCGAUAGUUGGAAGAGCUUCCAAUCUGGAAGCAAAGAGAAGAAAAAGAAAAAAAUAAUGGGGUUCAAACCUCCCAAGCCCAAACCGGAGAGUAGAUAACUUUAGUCUAAGGUACCUUAAAUAAUGUAGUUUAAAGUUAUCUUUAUGAAGAAAUCUAUGAAAUCUGUUGAACCAAAAUUACCGUACAUAGAUAACUCAUGGAUCAUAUUAUAUAUCAUUGACAUACACGACGAAAAUACACACAUAAAUAAAGCAGGCCUUUAACAACUUAUAUGUUGUAAUGUUUUGAUUAUUAAAAAAAUUUUAAACAUAUUUGACUAAAA